AUGGACCUGGGGUACUUUCCCCUCGCCUUCCCGCCCGGGCUGUGCCGCGGGGCCCCGCAGACCCCCUACCCCCGGCGUGGGGACGGCGCCUUCUUGGCUCUGGGCAUCGCGUCCAGCGCCGCGGCCCCCCCGCUCGGGGGGUUCCGGCGCCUCUCGCCCUGCCCCGGGGCCGCCCCCGGCUCCCCGGCCCCCGCGGCGGCCCCCCGCACCUUCGAGUGGAUGCGAGCGAAGCGGAGCCCGCCCGGGAGAAGCGGCGCGGCGCCGUGCGGGGGGGAACCUCCCGCCUGCCCCGCACGCACCAGCUUCAGCACCCGGCAGCUCACGGAGCUGGAGAAGGAGUUUCACUUCAGCCGGUACCUGUCGCGGUCCCGCCGCCUGGAGGUGGCCCGCUCGCUGCGCCUCCGCGACGCCCAGGUGAAGGUCUGGUUCCAGAACCGCCGCAUGAAGCAGAAGAAGCGGGAGCGGGAGGCGCUGGCCGCCCCCGCCGCCGCGCCCAUGGGUGCCCCGGGCGGCCCCCCGUGAAGCCCCGCCGCCCCCCACGGAGGGGUCUGCCGGGGACGUCGGGGCCGGGCUGGAAGCUGCGGCCGGCGGGCCACCCGAGGUGUCCCUUCGCUCGGGACCGCGGACAUGCGGCCCCGCUGUUUUUGCUAUUGCAACUUAUUUACAGAUUUAUUUGUGAGGAUUCAGGGAAAGGUGCCAGCCCGAAGCGCUGCUCCGUUUCGGGGCGGGCCGAGUCAGCGGGCUGGCGCA